CCUAAAACUACGCUCAUCCUUAGUUACCUCCAUUAGCCAGCGCAUAUACGCAUACAAACAAACAACUGCUCUGCCACCCUCCCCCCUCUCUCUCCUGCGCCGGCAUCCUUUUACAUGGACGCCACCAGCCGGCCACCUAAACCACCGUGCUCCACCGCCACGCAGGGCCACAUCCACCACCGGAAGCAUGCUGCAUCGGUUGAACGCCGCCCUUCAUCACCCACUCCAAAAGCAUCGGACGCGCUUCCGCUGCCACUCUACCUCACUAACGCUGUUUUCUUCACUCUGUUCUUCUCGGUGGCGUAUUACCUCCUCCACCGGUGGCGAGACAAGAUCCGCAACUCUACUCCCCUUCACAUCGUUACUCUCUCUGAAAUUGCUGCUAUUGUUUCCCUCAUUGCCUCUUUCAUUUACCUCCUUGGAUUCUUCGGUAUCGAUUUUGUUCAGUCAUUUAUUGCACGCGCCUCCCAUGAAGCGUGGGACCUUGACGAUACGGAUCCCAACUACCUCAUCGAUGAAGAUCACCGUCUCAUCACCUGCCCUCCCGCUAGUAUAUCUACUAAGACUAACCUUGCUUCAGCAGCUCCCAAAUUGCCUACUUCGGUACCCUUAAUUACAUCAUUAGCUUCGGAGGAAGACGAAAUGAUUGUCAACUCCGUCGUGAAUGGAAUCAUACCCUCCUAUUCUCUGGAGUCGAAGCUUGGGGACUGCAAACGGGCGGCAGUGAUUCGGCGUGAGGCUUUGCAGAGGAUGACAGGGAGGUCGCUGGGAGGCCUGCCACUAGAAGGGUUUGAUUACGAGUCGAUUUUAGGGCAAUGCUGUGAAAUGCCAGUGGGGUACGUGCAGAUUCCGGUUGGGAUUGCGGGGCCGUUGUUACUGAACGGGCGGGAGUACUCUGUUCCGAUGGCUACCACUGAGGGUUGUUUGGUUGCAAGCACAAACAGAGGAUGUAAGGCGAUAUACUUGUCAGGUGGGAGUACCAGCGUGUUGUUGAAGGAUGGCAUGACAAGAGCGCCUGUCGUUAGAUUCGCGACGGCGACUAGAGCCGCGGAGUUGAAGUUCUUCUUGGAGGAUCCUGACAAUUUUGAUACCUUGGCCGUCGUUUUUAACAGGUCCAGUAGAUUUGCGAGGCUCCAAGGUAUCCAAUGCUCUAUUGCCGGUAAAAAUCUUUACAUGAGAUUCAGCUGCAGCACAGGCGACGCAAUGGGGAUGAACAUGGUUUCCAAAGGGGUUCAAAACGUUCUUGAAUUUCUUCAAAAUGAUUUUUCUGAUAUGGAUGUCAUUGGCAUCUCAGGAAAUUUUUGUUCGGAUAAGAAGCCUGCUGCUGUAAACUGGAUUGAAGGACGAGGCAAAUCAGUUGUUUGCGAGGCAAUUAUCAAGGAGGAGGUGGUGAAGAAGGUGUUGAAAACUAAGGUUGCAUCCCUAGUGGAGCUCAACAUGCUCAAGAAUCUGGCUGGUUCUGCCAUUGCUGGUGCUCUGGGUGGAUUUAAUGCUCAUGCAGGCAACAUCGUAUCUGCAAUCUUUAUUGCCACUGGUCAAGAUCCAGCACAGAACGUUGAGAGUUCUCAUUGCAUUACCAUGAUGGAAGCUGUCAAUGAUGGAAAGGAUCUCCACAUCUCUGUGACCAUGCCUUCCAUUGAGGUGGGUACCGUUGGAGGUGGAACUCAACUUGCAUCUCAGUCUGCUUGUCUCAAUUUGCUUGGUGUGAAGGGAGCAAGCGAAGAAUCUCCAGGAUCAAACUCAAGACUCCUGGCCACCAUAGUGGCUGGUUCAGUUUUGGCUGGUGAGCUUUCCUUGAUGUCUGCCAUUGCAGCUGGGCAGCUUGUCAGGAGUCACAUGAAAUACAACAGAUCCAGCAAAGAUGUGUCCAAAGCUGCAUCUUAGUGGGAACCUGGUCCCAGCAUGCAAAAUGAUCUACAAAUAAAAUGUGGCGGAGUUUAUUUGAGAGGUAUUGGGAGGGAGGGAGGGAGGGAGGAUAGAACAAGAGUUGGAGAGGGGGAAGGUCAAGGCUGUUGGUUUCCGUGUGUGAUUUUUUUUAGCUUUCAUAGCUGUAAAGUUUGCUGUUAGGUGAAGAAGUAUUGCUAAUCCUAAUCAUGCCUUCUCUCUCUCUCUCUCUCUCUCUCUCUCUCUCUCUCUCUCUCUCUUACUCGUGUGGUAGCAUCUCUCCUAAUGACCUUUGAGCAAAAAGUAUCCACGCAAGUAUUUGGUGUAUGUUGUGUCCUUCCCAGUUGUUAAUUUUCAAUCUCUUCCAUUCUUUGUGCCAUUUGCAAUGUUACAUAAUUGUGUUUAUUGUUGGGGACCAGAGCCUUUCGCAGGUGGGUCCAAAUAGCUUUAGGCUUUUGGUAUUUUCGCGUUGUACACAUGAAAGAGAUCUAAAAUAAUUUAUUGGAUGAUAUUCUAUUUCA